UACCCCAUUCCAAAAAUAUCUGCAAAACACACAGAAUAAAGAUAUCACCGGCUAUAACCGGUAACUAUCCGGUCACUAGAAACCCUACUAUGUCUACACUUUCAUCCUUUCAUAGUUCACACUUUGUUUUGUUUCCUUGUUCCAAAGAAACAAUAAUCUGAACUCUUUGUUCAGACUCUCGUGUGUUUUGUGUGUGUGUUUUUGUGUGCAUCAUCAAAUUCUCAAUCACUUUGACGUAUCAAAUUUUUGCUGUCAUCAUAAUAAUAAACUUAACAUCACCAUUAAUUAUUAUACCUUCUUUCUUUCUUUUUUUGUCACUUCCAUCACUUCAAUCCAGCUUCAUCUAUAAAAAGUUUCAUAUUUUAGUAUUAUUAUUUUUCAUUUGGGUCAUUAAUUAACAAAUUUUUUAGUAUUUGAAUGAAGUUUUAAUAUAUUUUUUCUAUGGCUAGUGAUGAGGGUUUUGAAGGUUACCAUGUCCCACAACAAAGUAGAAGAGAUAAGCUUAGAGUUGUUGUGGCUCAAAAUCAACAACCUCAUGAAACUUUACUUCCUUUCUAUGAUUCUUCUUCUUUCAUUACUAAUUUUACUAACCAACAAGGUUUGAAGCAUAAUUCAUGUUCUUCUUCUAAUUCUAUCAAGGAUUUAGAGUGUUCUAAUUUAAUGAUGCGUUUUUCAAGAGAAGAUCAAGGAAAAAGGGUCAUGAAUAUUUCUUCUUCUAAUCCUUAUUUUGAGACUUUGAAUAACAAUCAAGGAAAUAAUAAUAACCCUUUUCUUUAUCAAGCACAAAACAUUCAAAAUCUUAGACAAUUUGAUGAACAACAUAGUAGUACUAGUACUAUGAUGUUGAAUAAUCAUGAACCUUUGUCUUUGUCACUUUCAUCAAAUAAAAGUGUUAGUAGUAAUUUACCUUUGGAGUUGAAUCUACAAAGAUAUGGAUCUAUGAUUUAUGGUGGUGGAGGUGUGAUUCAAGGUUUGGUUGAAGGAGGAGGAAGUGGUGGUUCAGUUCCAUUUACUGGAUAUGCUUCUGUUUUGAAGGAUUCUAGGUUUUUGAAACCAGCUCAAGAAUUGUUGGAAGAGAUGUGUGAUGUUGGAAAUCUUGGUGUUUGUGGUGAGAAGGUUGUUGUUGUUGCUGAUUCUUCUUUGAUGAUGGAAUCUCCUUUGGAAAGAUUGAGUGAAGAAGAUCCAUUUGGUGAUGGUCGCAAUAAAUCAAGAUUGUUGACUAUGCUUGAUGAGGUUUACAAGAGGUACAGGCAAUACUACCAACAGAUGCAAUCGGUUGUGACAUCAUUUGAGUAUGUUUCUGGUCUCAACAAUGCAGCUCCUUAUGCAAGUUUGGCGAUAAAAGCUAUGUCCAAACAUUUUAGAUGCUUGAAGAAGGCAAUUACUGAUCAACUACAGUUCAAUAAUAAGGCGCAUUUUCACACAAGCAACCGGAAGGAAGAAUCUCCUAGAUUUGGCAAUAGUGAAAGAGGAGGACCUUACAGCCAUAGGUCAGGUUAUCUUGAGCAGCAACAACCUGUAUGGCGACCUCAAAGAGGACUCCCCGAGCGUGCUGUGACUGUUCUUAGAGCCUGGCUCUUUGAACACUUUCUGCAUCCUUAUCCUACUGAUACAGAUAAAAUAAUGUUGGCUAAACAAACUGGUCUGUCGCGUAGCCAGGUGUCAAAUUGGUUCAUAAAUGCAAGAGUAAGGCUUUGGAAACCAAUGGUGGAAGAAAUUCACAUGCUAGAAACAAGGCAAGCUCCAAAAGAUUCACAGCAAAAUGAAGAAAAUUGUAGGAACAAAUCAAGUGAUCAUCAUCAUCAUUUGCCUUCAGAUACUUCUCUAGUUUCCGAGAAUCCAUCUACAUCGACAGAUAAGUUUCAUGACUCCGGUUACAAGCGCGCCGUAAAUGAAAUUCCUAACAUACCAAUUAGGAGUCAAGGACAACAUCAACAACAACAACAACAACAAAUGAGUCUACCUUUUCAACAUGUGGGUGUUGGAAUGAAUAUUGUUGGUAGUGGAAGCAAUAAUAGCAAUCAUAGUAGUAAUAAUAAUAGUAAUGUGUCAUUGACACUAGGGCUUUAUCAAAAUCAUGGGAUUGGUUUAGCUGAACCAUUUCCUUUAAGUGCAGCUCAACGAUUUGGUCUUGGCCUUGAAACCAAUAAUGAAGGUAAUUAUGUUAUGAGUGGUUUUGAAUCACAAAAUAGGCAUUUUGGAAGAGAUGUAAUUGGUGGGCAAAUGUUUCAUGACUUUGUAGGAUGAAGAUCUUUUUCAAUAUAAUUAGAACUUGUAUGUACUUUUAUUUUGAUUGGAGUGAUAUACUAUUUUUACUAACCAA